CGACACGUGCUUUCCAUGCAGCCCAAUUCCCGUUACAAACAGAAAGAUCGAGAUAUCUUCUCUCUCCUCUCUUCUUCUCAUCUCAUCCCUUCCCCUCCUCCCUUUGUCUAAACCCUAGCGCCGCAGCCCGAGCGAGAGCUCCUGUGUUUCCGCGCAAGGUGGUGGGGAAUUUUCGAUUCGAUUUGAUUUGAGAUGGCGGAGAAAGAGGUCGGCCGGAUCUUUGUUGGCGGGCUGUCGUGGGAUACCACGGAGCGCACGCUCGAGCGUGCCUUCAGUGAUUUCGGCAAGGUCAUCGAGACGCAGGUUGUAACGGAAAGAGACACUGGCCGCUCCCGUGGGUUUGGAUUUGUUACAUUUUCGGAACCUCGGGCUGCGGAUGCUGCAAUUCGGGAAAUGCAUAAUGGAGAAUUAGAUGGUCGGACCAUUUCUGUGAACAAAGCUCAGCCUAGGAUGAACACUGAUGAUGGUGGCUAUGGAUAUGGGGGUGGUGGUUACUCAUCUGGUGCUAGAGGUGGAUAUCGAGGUGCAGGUGAUGCAGUUCCUGCUGCAAGUGAUGAUUGCUUCAAGUGUGGCCGUCCUGGACAUUGGGCUCGUGAAUGCCCUUAUGCAGAUGGAGGUAGACCUGGAAGGUACUCUCCCCCUUCCAGGUAUGGCACUGCCACCGGUGGACGUGGUGACCGCUUUGGCGGACCAGACCGUUUUGCUAACCGCUAUGUUGAUGAUCGUUAUGACGGUAGCCGCUAUGCUGAUGAUCGUUAUAGUAGUGGGCGUGAUCGCUAUCCUCCAGCUGCAGAUCGUUUUUCUGGUGACAGAUAUGCUGGUGCAGAUCGUUAUGCAUCAGGUGGCUUUGCCAGGGAAAGGAGCUAUGAAAGAGAUGGAGGACGUCCAGGUGGAAGUUAUUACCGUGAUGAACCUAGAGCAACUGGUGGUUAUGGAAGGGGUGGCCCGCGGGUGGCUAAUGGUGACAGAUAUGGGAGUGGUGGACCUGCUCGCUUUGGUGGGAGUUACCGAGAUAGACCUGCUCCCUAUGAUCGUCCCAGCAGGGGAGCAGCUCGCUCUUAUGAUGACCGCUACUGAUGGAGGUUAUCUUGGAUCAGACCAGAGAUUUAAUCUAAGUUUGAGUUCUCAAUUCCUACUUCAUUUGCCUUUGCUAUGUUGGUGCUUCGACUCUUAAGCAUUCUUCUGCGCAGCUUGUUUAAUUACUCUUCAGCUCAUAUGGCAGUACUCUAUUAUUAUUCUUAUGUUGUUGGAACUGUACACUUAGGCAGUGGGUGAUGCUGGUUACUUGUUGUCAUGGUAUUGUGUAACUAUGCAGUCUAAGUUUGAGUUGUACUAUGUUUAUCUUUCGACUCAUCUUCUGUCAUCAGCAUGGUCAAUCUGCGAGGCUAUUGUGCCACAUUCUGCCAGUUUUUUUGACAGAUUUAGGGCCUGUUUAUCUGAUGUGUCAGAUGUGUGCUGAAUCUGCUGGUAAUGCUGGCUUUGAUCGAUAUGCUUUGCAUAGAUUGUACAUGGAUUAUAUGUUACAUUGUGAAAAGUAAUGUUUCAGCAUUUUUGCAUUACUCAGUCAAUCAUCUGCUUUGAUCAGCUGUCUUUGUUACUGGGUUGUUACUCAGAAAUCAGAACAGCAAGUUAAACACAUACAGUCUGGACUGUGGACUCUUUGAAACCGAGUUAUGUCUGAAUGUGGACAGAGUAUGCUGGUGAUUUUUGGGGUUAUGGUUGAUAGUAGCAUGCAAUGGGUAGAUGUAAGCACGAUGUUUGGCUUGGUGCAUGUUUUGCUUCUCUAAUCAGAAGAUCUCACUUCCAGGUUGAACCUACCUGCAGCAGUUUUGUUUGAAACAAGAUUUCAAGGCACGAGUAGGUGCUAGCUACUGGCUGCUUUGAUUGGAAGAUUUGCAACAGCUUGUUUACGGCUACUGUAAAGUUAUUAUUUAGGCAUUUAGGACAGCGUACGGAGUAAAAAUAAUUCUAGAAGCAUAUUUGUAAAUUGAUAUGCAUCCAUAUGUACGUUAAUAUUAUUUCUGGAAUUUUUGUCACUUGAAACAUGGUUUGUUAA